AUGCCCCGCGCGCCUGGGCUGCGUGCGCUGUGGCUGUGCGCUGUGCUCUGCGCCUCCCGCUGCGCGCUCCAGCCCGGGCCGGGGCCCGCCGCCUGCCCGGCCCCCUGCCGCUGCCAGGAAGACGGCAUCAUGCUGUCGGCCGACUGCUCGGAGCGCGGGCUCUCCGCUGUGCCCGGGGACCUGGCGCCCCUGACGGCUUACCUAGACCUGAGCAUGAACAACCUCACGGAGCUGCCGCCCGGUCGCUUCCACCACCUGCGCUUCCUGGAGGAGCUGCGUCUCUCUGGGAACCAUCUCUCUCACAUCCCGGGAGGAGCGUUCUCUGGUCUCCGCAGCCUGAAAAUCCUGAUGCUGCAGAACAACCAGCUGGGAGGGAUCCCCGCCGAGGCGCUGUGGCAGCUGCCGAGCCUGCAGUCUCUGCGCCUGGAUGCCAACCUCAUCACCCUGGUGCCAGAGAGGAGCUUCGAGGGGCUGUCCUGCCUCCGCCACCUGUGGCUGGACGACAACGCCCUGCGUGAGGUCCCCGUCAGGGCCCUCAACAACCUCCCUGCCCUGCAGGCCAUGACUCUGGCCCUCAACCGCAUCGGCCACGUGCCCGACUACGCCUUCGAGAACCUCACCAGCCUCGUGGUGCUGCACCUUCACAACAACCGGAUCCAGCGUCUGGGGGCCCACAGCUUCGAGGGGCUGCACAGUCUGGAGACCCUGGACCUGAACCACAACGAUCUGCAGGAGUUCCCCGUGGCCAUCCGGACCCUGGGCAGGCUGCAGGAGCUGGGUUUCCAUAACAACAACAUCAAGGCCAUCCCAGAAAAGGCCUUCAUGGGGAACCCUCUGCUGCAGACCAUACACUUCUACAACAACCCGAUCCAGUCGGUGGGAAGGUCUGCGUUCCGGCACCUGCCAAAGCUGCACACGCUGUCCCUGAACGGAGCCACGGACAUCCAGGAGUUCCCAGACCUCAAAGGCACCACGAGCUUGGAGACCCUGACCCUGACUCGUGCAGGCUUCCGGCGGCUCCCGCCCGGGAUGUGCCAGCAGCUGCCCAGGCUCCGCGUCCUAGAGCUGUCUCACAACCGGAUCGAGGAGCUGCCCAGCCUGCACAGAUGUCAGAAGCUGGAGGAGAUCGGCCUCCAGCACAACCGCAUCAGGGAGGUCCGAGCCGACACCUUCAGCCAGCUGAGGGCCCUGCGGGUCCUGGACCUGAGCUGGAACUCCAUCCGGUUCAUCCACCCCGAGGCCUUCGCGACCCUGCGCUCCUUGGUCAAGCUGGACCUGACAGCCAACCAGCUGACCACGCUACCCCUGGCCGGGCUUGGAGACCUGGUGCACCUCAAGCUCAAAGGGAACCCGGCUCUGUCUCAGGCCUUCUCCAAGGACAGUUUCCCAAAACUGAGGACACUGGAGGUGCCCUAUGCCUACCAGUGCUGCACAUACGGCGUCUGCACCAGCUUCUUCAAGGCUUCCGGGCAGUGGGAGGCAGAGGCCUUGCAGCUCAGGGACGAGGAGGCUCCGAAGAGGCCCCUGGGCCUUCUCGCUGGACAAGCCGAGAACCACUACGACCCGGACCUGGACGAGCUCCAGCUGGAGAUGGAGGACACAAAGCCACACCCCCGUGUCCAGUGUAGCCCUGUUCCAGGCCCCUUCGAGCCCUGUGAGCAGCUGUUUGGGAGCUGGGCUGUGCGCCUGGCCGUGUGGGCCAUUGUGCUGCUGUCCUUGCUCUGCAACGGGCUGGUGCUGCUGAGCGUCUUCGCGGGCGGUCCCGUCCCCCUGCCCCCCGUCAAGUUUGUGGUCGGUGCCAUUGCAGGGGCCAACACCUUGACGGGCAUCUCCUGUGGCCUCCUGGCCUCCGUGGACGCCCUGACCUUCGGCCAGUUCGCCGAGUAUGGGGCCCGCUGGGAGUCGGGGCUGGGCUGCCGGGCCACCGGCUUCCUGGCCGUGCUUGGGUCCGAGGCCUCAGUGCUGCUGCUGACUCUGGCCGCCGUGCAGUGCAGUGCCCCGGUGUCCUGCGUCUGGGCCCGCGGGAAGGCGCCCUCCUUGGGCAGUGUGCGCGCGGGGGCUCUGGGCUGCCUGGCGCUGGCAGGGUUGGCGGCGGCCCUGCCCCUGGCCUCGGUGGGAGAGUACGGGGCCUCCCCGCUCUGCCUGCCCUAUGCCCCACCCGAGGGCCAGCCGGCUGCCCGGGGCUUCGUGGUGGCCCUGGUGGUGCUGAACUCCUUCUGCCUGCUGGUCGUGACCGGCGCCUACAUCCGGCUGUACUGCGACCUGCCGCGCGGCGAGCUGGGCGCUGUGGGAGACGGCGCCAUGGUGCGGCACGUGGCUUGGCUCAUCUUCGCAGACGGGCUGCUGCACUGCCCCGUGGCCUUCCUCAGCGUGGCCUCCACGCUGGGCCUCGUCCCUGUCACCCCCGAGGCCGUCAAGUCCGUGCUGCUGCUGGUGCUGCCGCUGCCAGCCUGCCUCAACCCCCUGCUCUACCUGCUCUUCAACCCGCACUUCCGCGAGGACCUGUGGCGGCUGUGGCCCUGCGCGGGCGCCCCCGGGCCCUUGGCGUCCGCCGUGGCCAGCCACCUGGAGAAGAGCUCCUGCGACUCCACGCAGGCCCUGGUGGCCUUCUCCGACGUGGAUCUCAUUCUAGAAGCGUCUGAGGCUGGGCGGCCCCCUGGGCCAGAGGCCUACGGCUUCCCCGCAGUGACCCUCAGGUCCUGCCGGCAGCCAGGGAGCCCCGGGCUGGAGGGCAGCCACGUGGGCGAGCCAGAGGGAACCCACUUUGGGAACCAGCUAUCCUCUGUGGACAGAGAGCUGCUGCUGAGGGCAGAGGGGACCACGCCUGGUGGCGGGGGCUCGUCGGCAGGCAGGGGCAUCCAGCCCUCUGGCUCAGCCUUCGCCUCACACGUGUAA